AUGAAAACCAUUAACGAAGAAGAUGUCAACCAAAAAACCAACGUAUUCAAAGCCAUUACAGAGACAAUUGUUGCCCUGAUGAACCAACUGCUAACCAUGACCCAAAACGUUAACCGAUUUAAUCUCAAAAAUGCCCUUACAUUCACAGCACUAAAAAUAGGUGUAUGGAAUGCUAAUGGGUUGUCAAAUCACUCGGAAGAGUUAAAAAUAUUUAUUAAAAUUCAUCACAUGGAUGUCUUACUAAUCUCGGAAACUCACUUCACAUCUAAAAGCUACUUCAGGAUACCUGGAUACAAUAUGCAUCACACUAACCACCCAGACAAUAAAGCACGAGGAGGUUCUGCUAUGCUUAUCAGGUCUGACAUCAAGCAUCAUGUACUAUAA